CCUUAUCGAGGACCAUGCGGAGGCUAGAACUGACGCGUUUCAGCUUUCACUUACUAAUCUAUAGUAUCGUUCAUCCAAUUUAUGCUCUCCCCCUGCCUCCCUAUCCAUCCGUUUCCACGCGUCAACUCGGCCGAGACGGGAUCAACGUAGAGAACCGGGAGAGAGCUGGUCGCCCUCGGCUUGAGUUGGCUCGAGGAGGAGGAAGAGGCGGACGCCGCAGGUGGCGCUACGGGCGGCAGCACCACCUCCGCGGUCGCGGUAGCGACGACAACGACAACGACGACAACGACAACGACGACGAAAACGACCAGGAGAAUGACGUACCCUGUAAAGUCUGGUUUGGUCGCAUCGGGCGUCUGCGGGCCGAGCGCUGUGUGAAAAAAACCCGAUGACAGACGUGCCAGAAGAUUCCGCACGACGCGUGGCCAGCCGUUCGGGCCUUCGCGAAGUCUAAAGGGGAUUUGAGCCGGAAAAAUAUUGAUGCGAAGGCGUUUGGCAAAGUGUACGAAAGGACCAGACUAGCUGCUGUCCGAAAGGCGGAGGAAAAAGUCGCAGAGCAGGAAGGCGUCGACAUUGACGCGUUGCAAGGUGACGAUCUACUGAGAGAGAGAUCUUGCGCAGUAAAGACGCGGAGAAGACGGAGCAGGAGAAGAGGGUGAGAAGAAGAAACAAAAAAGGUAAGGGAAUUGAAACUUUAACACAGACAUAAGUAAUAGUAGAAUACGUCGAAGUACUCUGCGCUUCUCUAGGUACGUUUUCGUACCGAAAACCUAGGACCUCUCUGAAGGUUAUGGGGAAAGGGGUAAGUAGGAACCGACGCUUAAUUGAACUGCAAAAGGGGAUGGAUUAGCAAUCGACUCUUGGUUGAACGGAGAGAAACUAACCUCGAUUGAACGGAGAGAAACU